AUGCAGAUGACUGGUCAUCCCGUAGUGCAGAUUGCAGACCGCGGGCUUGACCACUCCCUGCAGACCGUUCUGACCAACGACAAUACCAUUGAUGCAGUGAUCAUGCAUGGGUCCCAGGUUCAAAUGAGUGUUGCUGGCAUGUCAGCGUUCAAUGGGGGUAGUACAGUAAGUACGCUUGCCCACGAGUCACCUCAUGUGCAUGAGACGCUAUCGAGGAAACAAUUGUCGCCCCUUGGUCAAGCCCGCGAGCAGCAGGACAUUGCAAAGGGACACCUAGAAUCACCCGUAGACCACGGUUGUAAGGAAUGCGAGCGCCCAAAGACCGUUGAUUCGUGGCGCCGGGGAUUACCCAAUGCCUAUUGGUUCCUGAUUUCCGAAGCUCCGGGAGACGUCGUUAAACGAGAUCGGCCGGUGCAGAACGGGAAUUUUCUGGAUAGUAGUGGCUGUGUGCAUCUCUCCCCUAAGGGCGACUUUUCGAUCUCCGUCGCAACGAGCGCUUCCAGGCAUAACACUGCCCGGACGCUCAUCAUCUACCUUGCCGCGAGAAGUACCAUAGAGCAUGAAUUGCUGCCGAGGCCCGUGGCAGUCCAGUGUUAG